AUUUUUAUAUAGAAUUAUUAACAAAAGAUAAAUGUUAAUAAAAGGUUAAUAAAUAUUUACCUUCCGAAUCUAAAUAAAUCACGUGUUGGAAACCGAGAAGCACCGUUUAUAAAAAUGUCUAACAAAACAAAUCGUCGUUUAAAGUGGAGCUUGGAUUCAACAAGGAAUAAUCGUUUAAAUGUUCUCAACGAUACACUCCUAGCUUCUCCUCCUGCUUACAGUAGUUCAGCAAUUUCCAGCAGUAGUGAAAUUACAAAGAAAGUAGAUACAAGUCAUUUACUUUUCAAAAAGUCUUGGGAAUUGGCUUUAGGGCCUAUAAAACAAGUUCCAAUGAAUCUGUUUAUUAUGUACAUGGCAGGAAACUCCAUAUCAAUUUUCCCAAUAAUGAUGGUGGGAAUGCUCUUCAUGCGACCGAUACAGGCCCUGUUUUCUGUCAACAGCACGUUUAAACUAAUAGAAAACUCUAGUGCUAUAGGCCAGAAGAUUGUUUAUAUUUUGGGUAAUUUUAUAAAUAUUGGUUUAGCACUUUAUAAAUGUCAAAGUAUGGGACUGUUACCUACUCAUUCAAGUGACUGGUUAGCAUUUAUUGAUCCACAACAAAGACAAGAGUAUUUAGGAGGAGGUUUUGUAUUAAGUUAAAUAUUCCAUACUAUAUUGUAUAAUUAAUAAGAGAAAUAAAAAAAGCACAAAAUCGC